ACCAACACUAGAUAAGUGAAAAGGCUUUUAUCCUAUUUUCCCCCACUAAUAUUUUAUCAAUUAAGCGUUAACCGAUUCAGAGUCUAGUAUUUGACAAAAGAAUGUCAGCUUGGUCAGCUCUCCGGCGAUCUCCGCGCUCGGUCCAUCGUCUGUAUGUUCGUCAUUUAAGUGGAAGUGAUAAUGUUCAGCAGCAUCCAGAAAGCAGUCCAAUUUCUUUCCUCAAAUGGGUUGGUGGAAUCACUUUAGCUUUCGCACUUUACUCUUAUUCUUUCCCCAAUCCUUCUUUGUCUUUUGCUGAUACUUCACAAUCUCUUCAUCAUCCUCCACCGAAAUAUCUCAUUGGAGAUGCUUACAGAAGAAAAGUAUUCUUUAAUUAUGAAAAGCGUAUCCGGAUGCGAAGUCCUCCUGAAAAGGUGUUUGAGUACUUUGCAUCUUUUGAAGCCGAUGAUGGAGAAAUAUUUAUGACACCAGCAGAUCUAAUGAGAGCAGUUGUUCCUGUGUUCCCUCCAUCUGAAUCACACCUCGUGAGAGAUGGAUAUCUUAGAGGUGAAAGAAGUCCAGGUGAACUGCAAUGUGCCCCUUCAAAGUUUUUUAUGCUUUUUGACACAAACAGUGAUGGCCACGUAUCUUUCAAAGAGUAUAUAUUCUUUGUCACCCUGCUGAGCAUCCCUGAAUCAAGUUUUUCAGUGGCAUUCAAGAUGUUUGAUCUCGACAGUAAUGGCGAGAUAGACAUUGAUGAAUUCAAGAAAGUAAUGACUUUGAUGCGAGCUCACAAUAGACAAGGUGCUCAUCACAGCGAUGGACUUCGAGGGGGGCGUAAUUUAGGUGGUCAUGUAGAGAAUGGAGGUCUGUUGCAAGACUUCUUUGGUGAAGAUGGGAAGAAACGCCUCCAAUAUGACAGAUUUGUCCGAUUCUUGAGAGAUCUGCAUGAAGAGAUACUAAAAUUGGAGUUUGCCCACUAUGAUUACAAGUUUCGGGGGACCAUUUCAGCAAAGGAUUUUGCCCUGUCCAUGGUUGCUGCUGCUGAUUUGAAGUACUUAAACAAGUUGCUUGAUCGAGUUGAUGAUUUAGAUAAUGAGUCACCGCUAAGUCGUACUAAGAUUUCAUUUGAGGAAUUCAAAAGUUUUGCUGAGCUGCGGAAGAAGCUGCAACCGUUUUCACUAGCACUUUUCUGUUUCGGGCAAGUGAAUGGUCAUUUGACAAGAAGUGAUUUUAAAAGAGCUGCUUCUCAGGUAUGUGGAGUAUCUCUCACUGACAAUGUGAUAGAAAUUGUCUUCCAUGUUUUCGAUACAAAUCGUGAUGGAAAUUUAAGCUCAGACGAGUUUAUUCGAGUAUUAGAGAAGCGAGAAAAGGAUAUUGCUGAGCCAAUCGAAGCAGGUAUCCUUAACUUCGUGUCGUGCUAUGGGAAUAGCACACGAAACUAUAAAUCAUACUUGCUUUCUUCAUGGUCAGCCUCUUGUUGACGGGAUGAGGACCUACUGGCAUAGUGAUGAAUGAUAUCUAGUUGAAUGGUAUCCUGGAUAUUUUCUUAUUUCAAUAAACCCUGUGAAGGGAAUUCUUGGCGCAUCAACAAGAGUUGUCGCGUGUAGUUGGAGGUCACUGGUUCGAGUCAUGGAAACAACCUCUUGCAAAAAGGCAAGUAGGGUUGCAUAUAAUAUGGUUCGGAACUUCCUCGAACCUGCAUAGCGAGAGCUUAGUGCACUAGAUUGCCCUUUAAAUAGAGUAUGCUACUAUUUAACUAUUAUAGCCUGCUGCAACUUUAAGUCCAGAAAAUUGUUCAGGACCUUGAGGUUUGAUUCUGUUAGUAAUGGUCAAAUAUGAAACUGUAGCAGGAAAUCUUUAAAGGUACCUGAAUAUACUUCGAAAAUGUAAAUUUAAUUAUGUCACCACUAAAGUCAGUAACAUGCUGCAGUUUGAUGUUAUUCAAUUUUAGUUCCUGUUAGUGGGUAA